GAUGGAGACUGUAAGUGUCAGAACCUCAGUAAUGAGACUGGGGGAGGAGGUGUGAUAAUGAUAGAAGGAGGAUAGUCAGUAGUUAGCUGGGAAGGAGGCUGUCAGAACCACAGCAAGAUGGUAAGGAAGCUGAAAGUUAGAGGGGUGGCCUGGAGGAUGGGUAAAAUGUUAGUGGUACUUGGCAAGGAGGCUGUCAUAAUAAAAAAAAAUAAAAAAAUAACUUCAAUAAAUAUGCAAGGAAAACUUGGAAGACAACAAUAGGAACUUACAAUAUGCCAAAAUACAUUGUAAUAAGAUAAGGAGGCUUGGAGGAAGGGUAGCAAGGAUGAAGGGUAACUUAACAAUGCUAGGAAGGAGGCUUGGAGGAAGGGUAGCAAGGAUGAAGGGUAACUUAACAAUGCUAGGAAGGAGGCUUGGAGGAAGGGUAGCAAGGAUGAAGGGUAACUUAACAAUGCUAGGAAGGAGGCUUGGAGGAAGGGUAGCAAGGAUGAAGGGUAACUUAACAAUGCUAGGAAGGAGGCUUGGAGGAAGGGUAGCAAGGAUGAAGGGUAACUUAACAAUGCUAGGAAGGAGGCUUGGAGGAAGGGUAGCAAGGAUGAAGGGUAACUUAACAAUGCUAGGAAGGAGGCCUGGAGGAAGGGUAGAAAGGAUGAAGGGUAACUUAACAAUGCUAGAAAGGAGGCCUGGAGGAAGGGUAGCAAGGAUGAAGGGUAACUUAACAAUGCUAGGAAGGAGGCCUGGAGGAAGGGUAGCAAGGAUGAAGGGUAACUUAACAAUGCUAGGAAGGAGGCCUGGAGGAAGGGUAGCAAGGAUGAAGGGUAACUUAACAAUGCUAGGAAGGAGGCCUGGAGGAAGGGUAGCAAGGAUGAAGGGUAACUUAACAAUGCUAGGAAGGAGGCCUGGAGGAAGGGUAGCAAGGAUGAAGGGUAACUUAACAAUGCUAGGAAGGAGGCCUGGAGGAAGGGUAGCAAGGAUGAAGGGUAACUUAACAAUGCUAGGAAGGAGGCCUGGAGGAAGGGUAGCAAGGAUGAAGGGUAACUUAACAAUGCUAGGAAGGAGGCCUGGAGGAAGGGUAGCAAGGAUGAAGGGUAACUUAACAAUGCUAGGAAGGAGGCCUGGAGGAAGGGUAGCAAGGAUGAAGGGUAACUUAACAAUGCUAGGAAGGAGGCCUGGAGGAAGGGUAGCAAGGAUGAAGGGUAACUUAACAAUGCUAGGAAGGAGGCCUGGAGGAAGGGUAGCAAGGAUGAAGGGUAACUUAACAAUGCUAGGAAGGAGGCCUGGAGGAAGGGUAGCAAGGAUGAAGGGUAACUUAACAAUGCUAGGAAGGAGGCCUGGAGGAAGGGUAGCAAGGAUGAAGGGUAACUUAACAAUGCUAGGAAGGAGGCCUGGAGGAAGGGUAGCAAGGAUGAAGGGUAACUUAACAAUGCUAGGAAGGAGGCCUGGAGGAAGGGUAGCAAGGAUGAAGGGUAACUUAACAAUGCUAGGAAGGAGGCCUGGAGGAAGGGUAGCAAGGAUGAAGGGUAACUUAACAAUGUUGGGAAGGAGGCCUGGAGGAAGGGUAGCAAGGAUGAACGGUAACUUAACAAUGUUUGGAAGGAGGCCUGGAUGAAGAGUAACUUAACAAUGCUAGGAAGGAGGCCUGGAGGAAGGGUAACUUAACAAUGCUAGGAAGGAGGCCUGGAGGAAGGGUAGCAAGGAUGAACGGUAACUUAACAAUGUUUGGAAGGAGGCCUGGAUGAAGAGUAACUUAACAAUGCUAGGA